AUCAUACAACACUUUAAAAUUGAUGGAAGAUCUGAAACUUUUGUACAGAAUAGCAGGACUGCAAGGCAAAGGCAUAUGUUUUCUUUUUACAGACAAUGACAUCAAAGAUGAAUCUUUCUUGGAAUACCUGAACAAUGUUUUAUCAUCAGGAGAGGUGUCAAACUUAUUUGCACGUGAUGAAGUAGAUGAGAUCAUUAGUGACCUCAUACCGACCUUCAAAAAGGAACAUCCACGUAGACCUCCAACUAGUGAGGUUCUGUAUGACUACUUCAUGACCAGAGUCCGUCAGAACCUUCAUGUCGUUCUUUGCUUUUCACCAGUAGGUGAAAAAUUCCGAAACAGGGCCCUGAAGUUCCCUGCUCUUAUUUCUGGAUGCACUGUAGAUUGGUUCAGUAGAUGGCCUAAGGAUGCUUUAGUGGCAGUAUCUGAACAUUUCCUGUCCUCAUUUGAUAUGGACUGCACUGCUGAUACAAAGAGGGAAAUUGUGCAGUGUAUGGGCUCAUUCCAGGAUGGAGUGGCAGAGAAGUGUUCUGAUUACUUUCAAAGAUACAGACGAUCUACACAUGUGACUCCCAAAUCCUAUCUGUCCUUUAUUCAGGUGUAUAAAACCACAUACAAAGAAAAGCAUGCUGAAGUGCAGACAUUAGCAAACAGAAUAAAUACUGGACUGGAAAAAUUGAAAGAGGCCUCUGAGUCAGUGGCUGCUCUAAGCAGAGAGCUGGAAGUAAAAGAAGAGGAACUUCAAAUUGCCAAUGAAAAAGCUGAUAUGGUACUGAAAGAAGUUACUGUAAAAGCACAGGCUGCUGAGAAGGUGAAAGGUGAAGUUCAGAAAGUGAAAGACAAAGCUCAAGCUAUUGUAGACAGUAUUUCAGUUGACAAAGCCAUUGCUGAAGAGAAGUUGGAAGCUGCUAAGCCUGCUUUGGAAGAGGCAGAGGCAGCCUUACAGACAAUAAAACCUACAGAUAUUGCCACUGUCCGCACACUGGGCCGACCUCCUCACCUCAUUAUGCGUAUCAUGGACUGUGUGUUACUGCUCUUCCAGCGAAAAGUAAACAAUGUGAAAAUUGAUCAGGAAAAAUGCUGUACUAUCCCAUCAUGGCAAGAAUCUUUGAAACUAAUGACAGCUGGGAACUUCUUACAGAACCUACAGCAAUUUCCAAAGGACACAAUUAACGAAGAAAUGGUAGAACUUUUGAGCCCUUAUUUUGAUAUGGUGGACUACAACAUUGAGACAGCAAAGAGAGUAUGUGGGAACAUUGCUGGCCUUUGCUCGUGGACCAAAGCUAUGGCUGUAUUUUUUUCCAUCAACAAAGAAGUAUUACCUUUAAAGGCUAAUUUAGCAAUUCAGGAGAAUCGCCUAACUACUGCUAUGCUGGAUCUGCAGAAAGCUGAGGAACAACUGGGUGCCAAGGAAGAAGAAUUAGACAUUGUGCAGGCAGAGUAUGAAAAAGCGAUGAGAGAAAAACAGACUUUGCUUGAAGAUGCUGAGCGUUGCCGUCAUAAAAUGCAAACUGCCUCAAGUCUUAUAAGUGGUUUAGCAGGUGAAAAAGAGAGGUGGACAGAGCAGAGUAAAGAAUUUGCUGCACAAACCAAGAGGCUAGUGGGUGAUGUACUCUUGGCUACAGCUUUUCUGUCCUAUUCUGGUCCUUUUAACCAGGAGUUCCGCAGUCUGCUAUUAAAUGACUGGCAAAAGGAAAUGAAAAGCCGGAAAAUCCCCUUUGCUAACAACUUGAACCUCAUAGAAGUGUUGACUGAUGCUCCAACUAUCAGUGAAUGGAACUUGCAAGGAUUGCCAAAUGAUGACUUAUCCAUACAGAAUGGAAUAAUUGUCACUAAAGCGUCUCGUUAUCCUUUAUUAAUCGAUCCACAGGCACAGGGUAAAAUAUGGAUUAAAAAUAAGGAAGGCAGAAAUGAACUUCAGAUCACUUCUUUGAAUCACAAGUAUUUUAGAAUUCACUUAGAAGACAGCCUUUCUUUGGGAAGACCUCUUUUGAUAGAAGAUGUUGGGGAAGAGCUUGACCCAGCACUUGACAAUAUUCUGGAAAGAAACUUCAUUAAGACAGGUUCAACCAACAAGGUGAAGGUUGGUGAUAAGGAAGUAGAUGUUAUGAAUGGCUUCAGACUUUACAUUACCACAAAACUGCCAAAUCCUGGUUACUCUCCUGAAAUUAGUGCUCGAACGUCCAUCAUUGACUUUACUGUGACCAUGAAAGGUCUUGAAAAUCAACUCUUAGGCAGAGUCAUUCUCACAGAGAAACAGGAAUUAGAGAAAGAAAGAACAGAUCUUAUUGAAGAUGUGACUAUGAACAGAAAGAGAAUUAAAGACCUAGAAGAUAACCUUUUGUUUCGACUUACAAGCACUAAGAGUUCUCUGGCAGAUGAUGAUAGUCUAAUAAUUGUAUUGAGUAACACUAAGAAGACUGCUGAGGAAGUAACACAGAAGCUGCAAACUUCUGCUGAAACUGAGUCACAGAUCAACUCAGCCCGUGAAGAGUACAGACCUGUUGCAACUCGAGGUAGCAUCUUGUACUUCCUUAUUACUGAGAUGAGCAUGGUCAAUGUGAUGUAUCAGACUUCGCUUCGACAGUUUUUGGGGCUUUUUGACCGCUCCCUAACCAGAUCUACCAAAAGCCCUGUAACUACCAAAAGGAUUACUAAUAUUAUUGAACAUAUGACAUAUGAAGUGUUCAAAUAUGCUGCCCGAGGACUCUAUGAAGAGCACAAAUUUCUUUUCACAUUAUUACUUACAUUGAAGAUUGAUAUACAACGAAACAGAGUGAAGCAUGAAGAAUUUCUGACACUUAUUAAAGGUGGUGCUUCCCUAGACCUUAAAGCUUGUCCUCCUAAGCCAGCUAAAUGGAUUCUGGAUAUGACUUGGCUGAACUUGGUGGAGCUCAGUAAGCUUAAACAAUUUUCAGAUAUUCUUGAUCAAAUUUCCAGAGAAGAGAAACAGUGGAAAAUCUGGUUUGAUAGUGAGAAUCCUGAAGAAGAACUGGUUCCUAGUGGCUAUGGUCAAUCACUGGACUGCUUCAGACAUCUUCUUCUGAUCAGAUCUUGGUGUCCUGACAGGACCAUAGCUCAGGCAAGAAAAUACAUCAUUGACACUAUGGGGGAGAAAUACGCAGAGGGAGUCGUCUUGGACUUGGAGAAGACAUGGGAAGAGUCAGACCCACGUACUCCUCUCAUAUGCUUUCUUUCCAUGGGCUCUGAUCCUACGGACUCAAUUAUUGCAUUGGGAAAAAGACUGAAGACAGAGACACGUUAUGUUUCAAUGGGCCAGGGGCAAGAAAUCCAUGCUCGUAAACUUCUACAGCAGACAAUGUCUCAUGGAGGGUGGGCACUUCUGCAGAACUGCCACCUUGGACUUGACUUUUUGGAUGAGUUGAUGGACACUGUAAUAGAGACAGAGGUUGUCCAUGAAAGCUUUCGACUGUGGAUGACAACUGACAUUCACAAACACUUCCCCAUUACCCUCCUUCAAAUGUCUAUUAAGUUUACCAAUGAACCACCACAAGGGCUCAGGGCUGGACUAAAGAGAACAUAUAGUGGUGUCAGCCAGGAUUUACUAGAUGUCAGUGACAUGGUACAAUGGAAACCAAUGUUGUAUGCUGUAGCCUUCCUACACUCCAAUGUUCAAGAAAGGCGCAAGUUUGGAUCUCUGGGUUGGAAUAUACCCUAUGAGUUUAAUCAAGCUGAUUUCAAUGCUACUGUGCAGUUCAUUCAAAAUCACUUGGAUGGCACGGAUGCCAAGAAGGGAGUCUCCUGGAGUACUGUUCGUUACAUGAUAGGUGAGAUCCAGUAUGGUGGCCGUGUGACAGAUGACUAUGACAAAAGACUUAUGAACACCUUUGUAAAGGUUUGGUUCAGUGAAAAUACAUUCAGUCAGGAAUUCAGCUUCUACAAAGGAUAUGGCAUACCCAAAUGUACUACAGUGGAUCAAUACCUUCACUACAUACAGAGUCUUCCUGCUUAUGACACACCAGAAGUGUUUGGUUUGCACCCCAAUGCGGAUAUCACUUACCAAAGUAAAAUUUCCAAAGAUGUAUUGGACAUCAUCCUCAGUAUUCAGCCUAAAAAUAGCUCUGGUGGAGGAGGUGAAACCCGAGAGGCAAUUGUAGCCAGACUGGCUGAUGAUAUGCUGGAGAAGCGUCCUGCUGAUUAUGUACCAUUCGAAGUGAAAGAGAAACUAAAGGACAUGGGACCUUUUCAGCCUAUGAACAUAUUUUUGCGACAGGAGAUUGAACAAAUGCAGAGAGUUAUUUCCUUAGUGAGAAGCACUCUGACUGAUCUAAAACUUGCCAUUGAUGGGACAAUUGUUAUGAGUGAAAAUCUGAGGGAUGCUUUAGACUGCAUGUAUGAUGGAAGGAUUCCUGCUAGCUGGAAAAAAGCAUCUUGGGCUUCCAGUACACUUGGUUUCUGGUUUACUGAGCUUCUGGAAAGAAACCAUCAGUUUUACAAUUGGAUUUUUGAAAGCCGACCAAACUGCUUCUGGAUGACAGGGUUUUUUAAUCCUCAAGGAUUUUUAACUGCAAUGAAGCAGGAAAUAACAAGAGCUAACAAAGGAUGGGCUCUUGACAGUGUAGUGCUGCGCAGUGAGGUCACUAAAUGGAUGAAGGAUGAUAUCACAAGCCCUCCUUUGGAAGGUGUCUAUGUGUAUGGGCUGUAUUUGGAAGGAGCUGGUUGGGACAGAAGAAACACAAGACUGACUGAAUCUAAGCCCAAGGUGCUCUUCGAGAUGAUGCCUGUUAUAAGGAUAUAUGCAGACAAUAACACUACAGAAGAUCCACGUCUGUAUUCAUGUCCAGUCUACAAAAAGACCAUUCGAACAGAUAUGAAUUACAUUGCUGCUGUGGAACUUAAAACUCAUCAGCCUCCAGAGCACUGGGUACUGCGUGGAGUAGCACUUCUGUGUGAUGUCAAGUAA